GUUUGCGCACAUUCAAGCCCAUCGGUUGGCACUCCGCUCGGUUCCUGCCACAAAACUUUACGGAUUACGCUGGAGGACGCCUGAAUCAAAACCGAGUCUUUCGAAAGAAGAAGUGAUAUUAUUCUGACACCAACUGUAUAUCGAUACAUGUUCGUGCCCAUCGAGAUACGAUCUCUUGGCGGCUGUUGAACUCAACAGAAUCCACUUGAACCAUGGCAAAAGUGCCGAUCACGCUGAUGAUCAUUGCGCUCGCCUCUGCCUCUCCGGACCUGGGAUGCGACUUUGGCCAUCACCGCUGCUCCAUCGAUGUCACUGCGGAAAACGGUCCCCGCCAGCAGCACCUCCUCCCCGACAUGGACAUCACGUUGCAGUGUCUGCGUCCCACGGCCAAGUGGUACUAUCAGGAUAAGUUCCAACUUAAGGCGGCUGUUUAUCGGAUCGGUAGAGCCCAGUCUGAGAACUCCGGGAACUACGGCUGCCUGGAUGGCCAGAGAUGGUACAAUAUCUCCCUCCUCGUUGGUCAUAAAGAGCCAGUCGACAAUGACAUAGCCAGCUUUGCUAAGGUGCAUCCGGAGACGGAUCUCUUCUUUCAGCCUCUGAAUGAAAGCCGAUCCCUAAAGUUGUUGCAGCCACUCCCCAAAACCGUCCAACGAACGGCCGGUGGGCUCUUCCAGCUGAGCUGCAGUCCCACAGAUCCGGAGGUGACGGGCGUGAACAUAUCCUGGCUGCACAAUGACACGCAAAUUCUGGGCGGUCGUGGAAGGAUUAAGCUCAAGAGGUGGUCACUGACUGUGGGGCAACUGCAGCCGGAGGACGCCGGAAGCUAUUACUGUGAGCUGUGUGUGGAGCAGGACUGUCAGAAGAGCAGUGCCACCCAGUUGGAGGUGGUGCAACGCAGUCACACGGUGCCCGUGCUGAAGCCGGGAUAUCCCCGCAAUGUCAGUGCGCCCCUUGGGGAUAAUGUAGGCAUAGAGUGUCUUCUGGAGGACUCUGCUUUGGAGCCGAAGAUCACUUGGGUGCAUAAGGACAUCGCGUACGACAUCGACUCUGUUUUGCAGCGACUGAGAGAGCAGUCACAGCUACCGUUGGGCUUGACCCGCCUGAUUACCCGAAUGGACGAGCCCCAGGUUCUUCGUCUGGGAAAUGUCCUUAUGGAGGAUAGCGGCUGGUAUAUCUGCAUGGCCGAGAACCAGGUUGGACGCACUGUUGCGGCCGCCUAUUUGGAUUUGUACAGCCCUUUGGACACCACUACGGACCGGGGGACCACUAGUACGACGCCAAGCACCCCAGCACCCACUGCAUCCACCGGAGAGGACAACGAUGAGGAGGUGGAUAGUGCGAAUGCACCCGUCGGCAAGGGUCCUCCCGUGUUCAAAAAGGAACUUAAGCCCCUGCAACACACAUUGUCUGGAAAUACCGUGAACUUGGCCUGUCCAGUGGAUGGGAAGGCGAACAUCACUUGGACAAAGGACAAGAAACCUCUGGACCGCAAGCUUGGCGUCUAUGUCCAGAAGAACUGGACACUGCGCUUCGUGGAGGCCACCAGCGAGGACUCUGGGAAGUAUACCUGUGAGGUGUGCAACGCCUGGGGAUGCAUCCACUUUGACUUCAGCGUUCAGAUAAACGAUCGCACCAGAUCCAAGCCAAUAAUCGUGGUGCCGCAAAAUCAGACAGUAAAGGUAAAUAGCAGCUUGGUGAUGAAGUGCACCGUCUACUCCGACCUACAUCCCACUGUCAGCUGGAAGAGGGUUGUCCUUAAGAACGCCUCGCUGGACGGGCUUCAGUCUGUAGAGAUCCAGAAUCUCAACUUCACCGUGACGAACGACUCCGUUGUCUUGGAGCUGCACAAUGUGACCUACAGCCAUGAGGGCUGGUACACCUGUCUGGCUUCCAGUGGCCUGGGAAGCAGCAACUCCAGUGUCUAUCUGAGAGUAGUGAGUCCUCUGCCGCCCUUGGAGAUCUACGCCCUGGUCCACGCCCAUCCGGUUGGGUUUACACUAGCAGCUAUUACGAUCGUGGCUGUCUUCCUGUUGGGCAGUGCUUUUAUAACGUUCAUGCUACGCCGGCUGAGGAGGGAGAAGCUGCUGAAGCUCCGCAUCGAAACAGUUCAUCAGUGGACCAAAAAGGUAAUCAUAUACCGGCCGGGGGAAGAAGAAGGAAGUGGCUGCAGCUCCGGAGACUUACAGAUGCCCGUGAUCAGGAUAGAAAAGCAGAGAACCACCGUUUCCACAACGGGAACGGGUGGUGCUGAUCCCGCCCAGGGCUUCAAUGAGUACGAGUUCCCGCUGGACUCCAACUGGGAGAUUCCCCGGCAGCAACUCAACCUGGGUUCCAUUCUGGGCGAGGGUGCCUUCGGACGCGUGGUUAUGGCGGAGGCGGAGGGGCUGCCCAGGAGUCCACAUCUGGGCGAAACCAUAGUGGCCGUCAAGAUGGUCAAGGAGGAGCACACGGAUACGGACAUGGCCAGCUUGGUGCGCGAGAUGGAGGUAAUGAAGAUGAUCGGCAAGCACAUUAACAUCAUCAACCUGCUGGGCUGCUGCAGCCAGGGUGGUCCGCUGUGGGUGAUAGUGGAGUUUGCUCCCCAUGGAAACCUCAAGGAUUUCCUCAAGCAAAAUCGGCCAGGAGCACCACAGCGUCGGAGUGACAGCGAUGGCUAUCUGGACGACAAGCCUCUGAUUCCGGCACAGCAGCUGGGCGAGAAGGAGCUCACCAAGUUCGCGUUUCAAAUAGCUCGCGGAAUGGAGUACCUCGCUUCAAGACGGUGCAUUCAUCGCGAUCUGGCGGCCCGAAAUGUCCUCGUCAGCGAUGGCUACGUAAUGAAGAUCGCCGACUUCGGGCUGGCGAGGGACAUCCAAGACACGGAGUACUAUCGGAAGAACACCAACGGACGGCUGCCCAUCAAGUGGAUGGCGCCCGAGUCGCUGCAGGAGAAGAAGUACGACUCGCAGAGCGACGUCUGGAGCUACGGUGUGCUGCUGUGGGAGAUCAUGACCUACGGGGAUCAGCCGUACCCGCACAUCCUGUCCGCCGAGGAGCUCUAUAGCUACCUGAUCACGGGUCAGCGCAUGGAGAAGCCGGCAAAGUGCUCCCUGAACAUUUACGUGGUAAUGCGGCAGUGCUGGCACUUCGAGUCCUGUGCCCGUCCCACGUUCACGGAGCUGGUGGAGAGCUUCGACGGGAUCCUGCAGCAGGCGAGCAGCAAUCCAAACGACGCCUAUCUCGACCUCUCCAUGCCCAUGUUGGAGACGCCGCCCUCGUCGGGGGAUGAGGACGAUGGCUCCGACGCCGAAACAUUCCGGGAGACCUCUCCGCUUAGGUACCAGUACACCUAUAAGUUUAAUUAGUCCCUAGUCGAAGAAGACCAAGAGGGUCCAACGAGUCAAUCAGAUCCCAUCAAAGCAUCCCUGACCAACACUCCAUCGCCUUUCAAUUUGCCAAAGAAAUUAUCGCAGCUAUUUCAAACACCACAAAACGUUUAUAAUUUUGUAUCCAAUUUCGGAAAUGUUAUGAGAACGCGCGAUUUUGGCUACGGACAAAGACUUAGUUAGCUUAAGCACACUCAUUAUUUAAUUAAACUUCAUAUGUCUCUUUGUAUACCAGCAAUGUUCUGUUUGGCGUCUUUGCGAUUUGUAUAUUUUAUAAUUUUUAAUGUUGAGGCAAUAAAAUCGAAUUUGUUUUAAUA